AUGCCGAGCAUGAAUCCCAAAUAUGAUUAUUUAUUCAAGUUACUUCUGAUUGGUGAGUCUUGGAAAGUUGGAAAGUCUUGCCUCCUUCUUAGGUUUGCAGAUGAUACAUACACAGAAAGCUACGUCAGCACAACUGGUGUGGAUUUCAAAAUAAGAACUAUAGCAUUAGAUGGGAAAACAAUCAAGCUUCGAGUACGAGACACAGCAGGCCAAGAACGAUUUCGAACAACCACCUCCAGUUAUUACAGAGGAGCCCAUGGCAUCACAGUUGUGUAUGACGUGACAAAUCAGGAGUCCUUCAAUAAUGUUAAACAGUGGUUGCAGGAAAUAGACCGUUAUGACAGUGAAAAUGUCAACAAGUUGUUGGUAGGGAACAAAUGUGAUUUGACCACAAAGAAAUUAGUAGACCACACAACAGCCAAGGAAUUUGAUGAUUCCCUUGUAAUUCCAUUUUUGGGAACCAGUGCUAAGAAUGUAAUGAAUGUAGAACAGUCUUUCAUGAUGAUGGCAGCUGAGACUAAAAAGCAAAUGGGCCCUGGAGCAACAGCUGGUGGUGCAGAGAAGUCCAAUGUUAAAAUUCAGAGCACUCUGGUCGAGCAGUCAGGUGGAGGUUGCUGCUAA